CUAAGGCAGCGCUGAGGAGGAUGGAGGCGCCCCUGGUGAGCCUGGAGGAGGAGUUUGAGGAGGGGCCCGGGGAAGAUGGGAGGCCCCUGCCCCGCGCUGCCGACCCGGCACUGGCUGAGCUGGAGAGCUUCUCAGCUGAGAUGAUGAGCUUCAAGUCGAUGGAGGACCUGGUGCAGGAGUUCGACGAGAAGCUCACCGUCUGCUUCCGCAACUACGAUGCUGCCACUGAGGGACUGGCCCCGGUGCGGGGGCAGCUCCAGGCACAGGAAGAGGAGGAGCGCCUGCAGGAUGAGGAGGUCUGGGACGCUCUCACCGAUGGCUUCGCCCCCCGUGGCUCCCCCCAGCCCUGGCUGCUCCCUGGGGCUGAGGCCCCCAAUGGCACCGACCCCCAGCUCUGCGAGAAGGAGGAGGAGGAGGAAGAGGAGCUCACUGAGAGGAGCGAGCAAGACUCGGGCAUCAACGAGGAGCCGCUGCUGACGGCCGAGCAGGUCAUCGAGGAGCUGGAGGAGCUGAUGCAGAGCUCGCCCGACCCUGAGGCCGACCCGGAGGGCGAUGAAGAGGAGGAGGAGGAGGAAGAAGAGGAGGAACCCGAGGCUGAAGGCGGGGGCACAGAGCCCGUCCUCCUGCGGGAGCUGCGCACCUUCUCCCCCGCCUUCAAC